UUCAUUUCCAAAUCUAAGGAAAAAGAACUUUCGCCGCCGACAUGGGGCCUCCUCAACAACUAUUGCUUCUCCUUCUCUUUUCUUUCACCGUGUUUUCCACCGGAGCCGCCGCCAUUCCGAUCUCCGAGCAAUUCCGGGAAGCGCCGGAGUUUUAUAACUCCCCGGAAUGUCCGUCCAUUUUUUCCGCAACGGAUGGCUCCGAGCGUGACGCCACCGCCGCCUACGUGUGCUACGAUCAGGCCGUCCACGUGGCAAUGACCCUCGACGCGGCCUACAUCCGCGGCUCAAUGGCGGCGGUGCUCUCCAUCCUGCAGCACUCGUCGUGCCCGCAGAACACGGUGUUCCACUUCGUCGCGUCCGCCGCCGCGAACGCGUCGCUGCUACGCGCCACCAUCGGCGCGUCGUUCCCGUUCCUGAGGUUCCGGGUUUACCGGUUCGACGUCUCCGCCGUCGCGCGUCUGAUCUCCACGUCCAUCCGCUCCGCCCUGGACUGCCCUCUAAACUACGCGCGGAGCUACCUCGCCGACAUCCUCCCCCUCUGCGUCGAGAAAGCCGUCUACCUCGACUCCGAUUUGGUCCUCGUCGACGACAUUGCGAAACUCGCCGCCACGCCGCUCGGCUCCGAUUCCGUACUCGCCGCCCCGGAGUACUGCAACGCCAAUUUCACCUCGUACUUCACCCCGACAUUCUGGUCCAACCCCUCCCUCUCCUUAAACUUCGCGAACCGAAAAGCUUGCUACUUUAACACCGGCGUGAUGGUCAUCGAUCUAAAACGGUGGCGUUCCGGCGACUACACCACUAAAAUCGAAGAAUGGAUGGAAUUGCAGAAGAGAAUAAGAAUUUACAAUCUGGGCUCACUCCCCCCCUUUUUACUCGUCUUCGCCGGAAACAUAGCUCCGGUGGACCACCGGUGGAACCAGCACGGUCUAGGAGGAGAUAAUUUCCGGGGACUCUGCCGGGAUUUACAUCCCGGUCCGGUAAGCCUACUCCAUUGGAGCGGGAAAGGGAAGCCAUGGGCAAGGCUCGAUGCUAAUCGGCCUUGCCCUCUUGAUGCUCUUUGGGCACCUUAUGAUCUGUUAAAACCUCCAUUUUCUUUCGAUUCUUGAAGAACUUGAAGAAGAAAUUAUUAAAAAAGGAAAGAAAAUAAUGAAGAUUAAAAGAUGUAUAGUAUAUACAGCAGAGGAUCGGAUGAAACGCGUAGGAUCUUCUUCAUCAUCUCCAGAGUUGCAGGGAGGUUCAAAUUUCAUUUUUUCUUGCAUAGUAACAUACUACUUUUUACUUACACUUUUUUCUUAAAGUUAUGUACGAAAGAAUUGUAUAUUACACAGGAGAAGCUAUAGGUCUAAUUUUGGUGGACUUGAAUAAUCUUCAUGGUGUAUUUUCUUAAUUAUGACUACAUUUCAAAUAAAAAUGAUUGAGUA